GGCGGGGCGGCCGCGAUAGCGAGCUUCAGAUACAAGGCCCAGCUCUACCCCGCGGGUCCAGGGUGGGGAGUCGGAGACGCAGGUGCAGCAGAGGGCAGGGCAAGUAGCGCAUUUCCAGCCCAUUUUCUUUUGCAUUCUCGAGAUCGCUUAGCUGCGCUUUAGAAACGUUUGCAUCGGCUCCGAGUCCAUCUGACAAGCAAGGGAACUGAGGCUGAGAAGUGGGAGGUGUUGCCAUCUGCAGGCCCAGGCAACUGCUAAGGGAAGACCGGGGAACAAGACCUCGGGGGUAGCUUUCCCAGGCCACCUCUGGUCUUUGGGCGUCCGGAGCAAGGGCCCUGCUCCGUUCGUUCCCUGCACCCCGCGCUGCUGCAGGUGGCUCCCUGGAGGAGGAACUCCCACGUGGAGGAGGAGCCAGGGCAGCUCCUGGGAGCGGGGACACCAUCCUCCUGGAUAAGAGACAGAGGCCGGGAGGAACCCCUUCAGCCGGGCGGGCAAGAAGCUCUGGGAGCAGCCUCAUGGAAGAGAAGCAGAUCCUGUGCGUGGGGCUAGUGGUGCUGGACGUCAUCAGCCUGGUGGACAAGUACCCUAAGGAGGACUCGGAGAUAAGGUGCUUGUCACAGAGAUGGCAGCGCGGAGGCAACGCGUCCAACUCCUGCACCGUUCUCUCCUUGCUCGGAGCCCCCUGCGCCUUCAUGGGCUCCAUGGCCCCUGGCCAUGUUGCUGACUUCCUAGUGGCUGACUUCAGGCGGCGGGGCGUGGAUGUGUCUCAGGUGGCCUGGCAGAGCAAGGGGGACACACCCAGCUCCUGCUGCAUCAUCAACAACUCCAAUGGCAACCGUACCAUUGUGCUCCAUGACACGAGCCUGCCAGAUGUGUCUGCUAAGGACUUUGAGAAGGUUGAUCUGACCCGGUUCAAGUGGAUCCACAUUGAGGGCCGGAAUGCAUCGGAGCAGGUGAAGAUGCUGGAGCGGAUAGACACGCACAACGCCAGGCAGCCUCCGGAGCAGAAGAUCUGGGUGUCCGUGGAGGUGGAGAAGCCGCGAGAGGAGCUCUUCCAGCUAUUUGGCUAUGGAGACGUUGUGUUUGUCAGCAAAGAUGUGGCCAAGCACUUGGGGUUCCGGUCAGCAGGGGAAGCCCUGAGGGCCUUGUAUGGUCGUGUGAGGAAAGGGGCUGUGCUUAUCUGUGCCUGGGCUGAGGAGGGCGCCGACGCCCUGGGCCCUGAUGGCAAAUUGCUCCACUCGGAUGCUUUCCCGCCACCCCGUGUGGUAGAUACCCUGGGGGCUGGAGACACCUUCAACGCCUCCAUCAUCUUCAGCCUAUCCCAGGGGAGGAGCAUGCAGGAAGCACUGAGAUUCGGGUGCCAGGUGGCCGGCAAGAAGUGUGGCCUGCAGGGCUUUGAUGGCAUCGUGUGAGGGCUGUGCAGCAGGAGGAGCUGGCUCCCCAACACCACGGAAGCUGCCUGCCAUUGCGGCUGCAUCGCCUUCUCCCCUCCAUUCAGCCUGGCAUCCAGGUUGCCCUGCUCACGGGACAGAUGCAGGCCAUAGGGAGGACUCUGCCUGUGUCCUGUGUUCCCCACACGUCUCUCCCUGCAGAGCCUCAGAGCAAAUAAAUCUUCCUCAGAGCCAUCUUCCCCUGGCAGCUUCUGUCCUGGAUGUCUGGACUGCUCUGGCUGGGCAUUCCGGAGGCUCUGACUCUUCAGUCCUCCCUCUUUGUGUCCAUUCCCCCAAUUAACCUCCCUGCCCAGGCCCAGAGGAGGGGUUGCCUGGGCCAGAGCAGCAAGAAGUGCCCCAGGCUUGCCACCAGCUCUGUCCUGGCUGGGGAGGACACUCAGCCAGCCCAUACCCAGCGAAUUUGCUGAACAACCAGAAGCCGUGAGAGCUGCUCGGGGCCUGGGAGUCCACAUGGCUGAGCCAAACUGACAGGUCAGUGGGCGGGGUGCCUCCUCUGCCCUGCCCACCAGCCUUUGUUGUCCAAAAAUAUCUCCUCCUGCUGACUGCCCCAGAGCCUGAAAGUCUCACCUUUGGAGACCACCUUGGAAUUAAGGGGGUGCCUCAGCCACAAAUGUGACCCAGGAUACAGAGUGUUGCUGUCCUCAGGGAGGUCGGAUCUAAAACAUGUAUUGAAAUUGGGGCCAACUCCAAUAUAGGGGGAUAAGGCCUUAUAAUGUAAAGAGCAUGGGCUUUAGAGUCAGAGAGACCUGGAUUCAAAUCUGCCAUUUAAUUUGCUGCAUGUCACCUUACGGUACAGUGCUUAACACAAUCUGCCUCAAUUUCUUCAUCUGUCAAAUGAAGCCAGUUCUGCUUGGUCAUAGAAUUAUUGUGAAGAUAAAAUUAUAUAAUAUAUAAAAUGCCCAGCAUGAUGCCUGAUGUGUA